AUGCCACCCCGCAACCUCCAGGCUUUAGGCCUGUCGACAUGUCGAACGCCCUCGCCUACAGAUUCGUUGAACAGUACAUCGUCUUCAAGCACAUACGUCUCCACGAGAUCAAGUAUGAAAUCAUCACCGCCUUCGUCGCCAUCCUUUUCCAAAACACUGCCUGUGCCGCCUCCCAUGUAUAGCACCUCGGCACCACGGGCCCGACGAGCAUCCCCUCCACAGACCCUGCUCGGUGCGAUUGACGAGCAUAGUGGAAUUGUGAAACCCGACGUGCCUCUUUCUGCCGACAAAGAAAACAAUCCUGUCGCCAAACUCCAUGUCUAUUCUUCCGCGAUCAAUUCAAGGAAGAAGGCCACUCUAGCAUCCGCAUCGAGUCCACCCGUCAACCACUUCGACGCUCUAGUUGGGCCGAAUGGGGAGAAAUUCACGGAUCUGAGGAUGAACCGGAAGGUGGAGGACCCGAGAGGUCGGGGCUGGAAGAGGUUGAUGUGCUUCGGCUAG